AUGCCGCCACCACACAAUAAGCCCAUACGAGACGUAGUUCCCGCCCAAUUAGGGUUCCUAGCCAUUUACAACCCAUCACUCGGACCAACCGAUGAAACUCUCGGGGACCAAAUAGUUUACUAUUAUUCGUCAAAAUGGUCGGAGAGAAAGGCGAGACGAAGAGUGGCUAAAAACAAAUGUCAAGAUGAAGCCUCAAGGCAACAGACCAACGAGAAACUCAGACAAGUUGGGAUGGCUCAAGGUAUGAUUGAAUAUGGGAGGAACUUUUCCGAUGGCAGGUCUCUUGACAGCAUUGAUACUGAAAGGUCGCGAAUUGUUCUUCGGGAGCUGGAACUUGGCUGGUGGGUCCUGGCGUCUAUCAACUUGACCAUUAUUCCUGGAUCCUCCGAUUCCGAGACGGAUCCGGCGCAGCAGCAUUCAAACAAAUAUUGCUCACGAGAUGUGAAGCCUGCGGUGCUACUUAGCCAGGAGCUUUCCCGAGCUCACUCCAUGUUGCUGAUGCAUCAUGACUCGUUGAGUAGUCUCUUUUCACGAAACGAAAGGCUAGUAUUCAUGGAAAUUCUCGAGAAAUACUGGGACAUGUUCAUAUCCUCAUGGAGUAUGCUAAUACAUGGCAAUCCAGUCAAGUAUUUAUACAAUGGGAUUAAGAUUGCUGCAUGUGGAGAGCUCGGGAUGGGUGUCGGCGAAGAGCACCGGGGAAGCGGGGAAAGAGACGUUCUCGAAGGAUUUCCUGGGCGAGUUGAGGGAUUAGUGGAUGUAAUUGUGUCCAAGUUUGGCGAUGAUAACGUCCUGCGAGGGGAAGAAAAUGACCCCAUCAAGAAUUCUCUCGAAAGACCUGAUCCCGAUAUCUGGAUCGGCGCAGGACACGAGCCGGAUGCGAAAGACGGUGUUGUUUACCUUGGAACUGGUGCUCUUUCGCGAAACUCACUCGUAAAUAUCAGCCACUGGAUGGAAGAUCUCUAUCAAUGGGGCAUUUAUUCAUAUUCAGUUAUGGAUAGUAAAGCUAUCUCUCACCGGGCACGCAAAAGAAUUACUUCAUCGUCAUCAGGAAUAAACAUACCAAAGAAUAGGAGCAGGACAGUCCAGCCAAGUAAUUCUAAUCUUCACUCUAACAAUCCUACAUCAGACGAUUUAGGGUUGUUGGGUCGAGAGAUGGGUAAAUCAUCUCGUCGUAGCACGACCACUGAAAAUUUAAAGCCAAUAAAAAUUGAUAGAAACCAUGUCAACCUUCCAUUGCCAAGGCAGACCACCAGAAAUCUAACUGAGACAAGUGAUGCUGGAGACACCAGCAGUAACCUGAUUCAUUAUCUGAAACUUGGCUUUGGUACAUAUUGGUCUUUUGGAGAAGGUUUAGUUCAUGAAAGAAGGGACAGCACUUGCGGUGAAGGAACAAUUCCGAGCUCAGGUACCUCAAAGACUGUAAAUGUUAAUGAGAGCUCGAAUGCAACAUCAACUGCAUCCAAUAGUCCACCCCAGGCUACCAGCUACUUUUUGGCAAGUAAGCCGAGUGACGUGGAUGAUUUCGGCGAAAGCCAAUCAAGACUAGGGGAAAAUAAGGCAGUACAAAAUAUGCAGGUCUCGAAAUCACUGACACGCCAUUCAAGGUUCAGCCUUAGAACCCUGCUACUUGAGCGAGGAGAUGAUAUUGACGGAAGUAGAGUCGGGCCUGAAAUUUGCGUUGACCGACUUGGUGGUAGCGAAAUAUCCCAGUCAGCCUCUCCAGAUGCAGAUACUUCCGAGGCCCCUUGUAAACACAACCACGGAAGGCGGGAACACUUUCAAGCUAUUGUCUACGUCAACAGGCCCUUCAUCUUUCUUUUUCUUUUUGAACAACACACGAAAAUAUCAAGCAUGAUUAAUCUCUAUGAGUCUCUGCAUCAUCAAAUACAACCAAUUAUCAAGCCUUUAUCUAGUUCUACCAUGUACAGGGCAGUAAGACCCGAGGUGGAGACAUCUGGCAUGCUCAACACCCCCAUAUAUGACAUGGUCUGGGACGCAAGGUCGAGAAAAAUCAUGUCAAACAUUCCGAAUAUACCCAAUCCCGCCGAGGCACUUUACUCCAGCUCCGGUCCUCUUCCCUGGGGGCGAAGCGAAGCUAUCAAUGUUCACAUACAAAUUAUUAAGGCAUAUACUGCUGGCCAUGAUGAUGCUCGCCAGGUUGAAAGGACAUGUAAGACUGACCGAGACUGGUGGAUAUUUUGGGCGCGAGUUCCCUUUCCGCCUCACUCAAGUGCACGUGCUUCUUCCAUCAACGCCACUAGUACUGACGGGGUCGUGGCUACAGGGAGUGGGAAAAGUGCGAUUGAGUACAUUGCAGGCGUUCACGCACCAAGCCCAAAUGUCAAUGGCUUUAGUCUUAGCACCGGAUGGGAACAGGCUCGAUGCGGGCGAAGUUCAGCACGAACGGAGCGAGAAGUAAUUCUCUUGCGGAGGUCGAGUGAGGUUGCAGCCAGGUCGGUCAGUAGGUUCGCUAGUGGUGCUUCGGGCAUGGGAUCCGAAGGGCAGUCGACGUUGGGGCUGAUAGACAUUGGUCAGGGGAUGGGGUUUGAUAGCAGGCGAUAUGUGGAAUACUUGAUGAGUGUAAACACAUGA